UCCGCCAGGGGGGGCCGGUGUCAUGGCGGCGGCGGCGGCAGAGGAGCUGGAGGUGGAUAUCGAAGGGGACCCGGUGGCUGCGCCCGGAGAGGCGGCGCCGGGAGAUCGUGAAAACACAGCUUCAAGCUUGCUGCAGGAUCACUACCUUGAUUCAUCUUGGAGAACUGAUCACUGUCUUCCAUGGACAUUGGACAGCAGCAUUAGUGAAGAAAACAGAGCUGUCAUUGAGAAAAUGCUUCUGGAAGAAGAAUAUUAUUUAUCUAAUAAAUCACUUUCUGAAAAAAUAUGGCUCAAUCAAAAGGAAGUGGAAAAAAGAUCUAUGAAAAGCCCAAAUAAGAAAACUGGAAAAGUCAUGGUGCGAUCACCUACAAAAUCAGCUAGCUACCCAUUAAAGUGGACAUCAGAAGAAAAAGAACUGUUUGAACAAGGGCUGGUGAAAUUCGGCCGCCGGUGGACGAAAAUUGCCAAGUUGAUUGGAAGUCGUACUGUUCUACAAGUAAAGAGCUAUGCUCGGCAGUAUUUUAAGAACAAGGCAAAAAAUGGUGAAUCUGAAAAAGAAGAGCAAAGUCAGUGUGGUAGCAGUCUGCCCCUUGAAGAUGGGAUAAGGGCGGAAGCGUGGUCGUCUGGAAACUUGAGAGGACGUGCGGACCCCAAUCUGAAUGCAGUGAAAAUUGAAAAGCUGUCAGAUGAUGAAGAAGUAGACAUAACUGAUGACAUGGAUGAACUACUUUCUCCUACCCUCCAGCAAGAAACUGGAAAAUCUGAAUUACCAGUUAUUUCAAAAAGGCCAGUUGAAGAAACUAAAGCAAUGGAACAUGUGUUUUCAUCUGUCAGACACGGUUCUGCAAUUUCUUUGCCUAAAGAAGGUCCUGAAUUUACCAAUCCAGUGGAUGCAUUAGUAUUUCCAGGUGUGGCAGCAACGUGUUCUCAGCACGUGAAUGGUGAUAAAUUUGUGAACUUAGAUUACCAGCAAUACAGUAAUUUUAUUGAGAAAGCUGAACAAGGCAGAGGAGUCGCCUCUCGUGGUACUAGACAAGUAACUGAUCGGGAGCUUACUGAGGAACAGAGAGACCUGGCUGAUAAUGGAUUGCUUUUUCCUUCUCCCUGCCAAGUGGAUGAAGAUCAUCAAGAAGAAGCGGAGGAGCUUAAGCCACCUGACCAAGAAGUGGAGGUUAACAGAAGCAUCAUUCUGGAAGAAGAAAAGCAAGCUAUUCCUGAAUUUUUUGAAGGGCGCCAGGCCAAAACACCAGAGCGUUAUUUGAAAAUUAGGAAUUAUAUUUUGGACCAAUGGGAGAGGUGUAAACCCAAAUACCUGAAUAAGACUUCAGUGCGUCCAGGCCUUAAGAACUGCGGUGAUGUUAACUGCAUUGGGCGGAUCCACACAUAUUUGGAAUUAAUAGGAGCAAUUAACUUUGGCUGUGAACAGGCUGUUUACAACCGGCCCCAGCCGGCUGAUAAAACACGGUCCAAAGAAGGCAAAGACACGGCGGAAGCGUACCAGCUUGCUCAGCGCUUGCAGUCCAUGCGUACAAGAAGACGGCGAGUGCGAGACCCUUGGGGAAACUGGUGUGAUGCAAAGGAUUUAGAAGGACAGACAUUUGAGCAUCUCUCUGCUGAAGAGUUAGCAAGAAGAAGGGAGGAAGAAAAACUGAAACCUGCAAAAUCUUCUAGAGGUUCAAGACAAAUAAAAAGUUCCUUUGAUCCCUUUCAGCUGAUACCAUGCUGUUUAUUCACUGAAGAAAAAAAGGAACCUUUUCAGGUGAAAGUGUCUUCUGAAGCACUUUUAAUAAUGGACUUGCACUCUCAUGUGUCUAUGGCAGAAGUAAUAGGGCUGCUAGGUGGAAGAUACUCUGAAGCUGAUAAAAUUGUUGAAGUCUGUGCCGCAGAGCCGUGCAAUAGCCUCAGUACGGGCCUGCAGUGCGAGAUGGAUCCGGUGUCGCAGACUCAGGCCUCGGAAACGCUGGCUGCCAGGGGCUACAGGGUUAUUGGGUGGUACCACUCCCACCCGGCCUUCGACCCCAACCCCUCCAUCCGAGAUAUUGACACUCAAGCAAAAUACCAGAGUUAUUUCUCCAGGGGUGGCGCCAUGUUCAUCGGAAUGAUUAUAAGUCCUUACAACCGAAAUAAUCCUCUUCCGUAUUCUCAGACUACUUGUCUAGUAAUUAGUGAUGAGAUCAGUUCUGAUGGUUCCUACCGCCUGCCCUACAAAUUUGAAGUCCAGCAAAUGUUGGAGGAACCUCAGUGGGAAUUAAUAUUUGAAAAAACGAGAUGGAUAAUUGAAAAAUACAGAUUGUGCCAUAGCAGUGUCCCCAUGGAUAAAAUUUUUCAUAGAGAAUCUGACCUGACUUGUUUGCAGAAACUUUUGGAGUGCAUGAGGAAGACUUUGGGCAAGGUAACAAACUGCUUCAUUGCUGAAGAGUUCUUGACUCAGAUAGAAAGCUUAUUCAUUUCCACAUACAAGAGUGAGAAAAAGAGUAAUGCCGAGGAGAAUGAGAAUGAAUGUUCAAAUUAAUUGCCAAUGUGAUGGCUUUAACAAAACAAAAUUAUGGAAUUCUGGUUUUGUUUUUUCAUUUCCUUCCCCUCCUCUCCAUUAUGUCUACUCUUACAGAAAUAUUAUCCAUUUUAAUAGUAACUGUUACAGAAUCUGGUGCCAUCUUAAAGUACAUUUAAACCGUAACAGUGAAAAACUCCUAAUAUGUGUGACCUGCCUACAUGAGGAACACUCAGUACUACCAUUUUGUAAAAAAUGAGUGUCACAGAAUUGAUUGACCAACAGUCUGCCAUUUGGGAAGAAGGACAACCUGGCAAGAAUACCGUGCUUCAGCCUUCAAGCAGGGUUUGUGUCUCUCGUCUUUCAGUUUGGGAAUUUUCUCUUUUUAUUUAUUUACAGGCACACAUCUAACUCGGAAUUAAUUUGUUCCUUAGUGCUUUAGAGAUUGUAAGUUUGAAUGAAAUCACAAAAGAGGAACUUAAGUGAAAAUUCCGUAGCUCAGUGGUUUCAAACUUCCCUGGUAUCCGGUCUGAAGAUUUAUUCAGUUGUAGUUUUAACACAUCAUCUGAUUUUUUUUUUUUUUAAUUUUUUCUAUUUUUUUUUUUCCCUCCCAUUGAUCCCAGUGGUCAAGAAGGUUUUUGGCAUGUUCUUUGCCAUCUUGCUUCUAUAUUGGGGAGGAAAAGCUGGCAAGUUUUCCUGACUUCUUGGUAGUGGUUGUGCUUGUUUCCAGUGGAAAUGAUAACUCCUGUCUUAUUACGGGUUGCAAUCUUUCUGGUCUUCCAUUCUACAGGGAGAUAAUAUGCUGUUCUGCCAGAUCAUUGUGAUUUGUCCACUUCUAAUUGCCACUGUUUCCUGUGGAAACAAGAGCUCUUGAUUGACAGCAGAGUGCAACAGCAGAAAACUAUUUGUCUUUUAAAGAAAAAACCCCACCAACUUUUAUAUUCAGUCUUCUCUAUAAUGUGCAGUUCAAUAAGAAACACACUGGUUUGUAUCAGUUCUUCGGUUAUAAUUUCAUACAAGCAUAUAUUCAGAUAAACUAGUCAUAAACAGAUUGGUCUUGAUUGAAAAGUUUCUUGAUUGCAACUUGGCGAUGCUUCAUGAGCUAUAUCACUGUGAAUCUUUGUAGAAAAAAUGUGCUUUAAAUUUGCUUUCAAAAUCAUAAGGAAACUUGACUUGUAUAUAGAUAUUACUAUUUACACAGAUUUAUCUUGGGCAAAAUUUUGCAGAGGUCUAAAAUAUAUUUGAAAACAUGAAGCAAGUAAAACCUUGAGUUUAUAUCUAGAGGGGUGACAAUGGACUCAAUUCCUAUUUUUUAAAAAAAAUGUAUAUAUCUUAUUCUACAUAACAUAAAUGGAAUUUUAAGAUUUUUAUAUGUUUACAUUUUUAACUUCAGCUUUUUGUUUGUAUAAAGAGUUUGAGAGGCUUUAAAAUUGUUGAGGUGCGCAUCCCAAGGAGGGAACUCCUUUACAGGAAGUUAACAUUUUUUUUAUCACGCCUCAUAAAAUACUCGUCUCUUUUUGUGACAAAGUGGAAGGUGCAGAGCCUGAUCAUGGGAAAAAGUGAGCCCUUGAUACUCAUUGAUUCUCCCUGUGCAGAUGAAGAGCCAAGGACUUAGAAAUAGUGGUGAAUGUUCCAUGCCCUCUCCUCUGUUCAGAUCUGUGGUGGGCAGCUUUAGAUCCCACUAACUGUGUGUAAUUUACAAACUCGGUGUAUCCAGCUGUGUAAGGCAUGUUGACUCAGUCUGCGUAUGUUCUAAAAUGUCAUCUUUGGAACUUCCUAAUUAAAAAUAUUGCAUGGCUUUCUGUAUUUCUAGUCUUAACUACACUUGGUGAGAAAGCAUUCCUUCCCUACCUAGCUGUGGAGUGCUCUGCAGUGUAAGGUAUCUUCUGCAGUUUUGUGUAGGUUACUAUCUAGAGAAAUCACACAGUAUCACUGCCUGUACUGAAAGCUGUAAUUAGUUCUGAUUUGUAGGAAGAGACUUUUGAACCUCUUGUGUAACAGCAAUAUGAAGUAGAUAAUGUUCGUUGUCCACAUACAGUCUGUUCCCAACUGUUUAAGGAUGGAUGUCCGUAUUACCCAAGCAGUGGUAACAGUGUGCUGGCUGCUUCUCUGUUUAAUGAUUAAAAUGAGUUAAAGUAAUACAGUUGUAUUAAUUGGAUUUAACGGUGAUGUUACAUAAGAAAAGUUUUGAGUAAAACAUACUUUAGAAGCAGUUUGUCUGUUAAGGAGAUGGUGCAGUAUUGAGCCUUCGAUAUGCACGAAGACUCCAGAUGUUCUCGGAGUUCAGUAGCAGGGUGGUGUGGGAGGAAAUACAACUGCCAGUACCAAUGUAACUGGUAUUAUCACAGAGUCCUCUGUGAACUGGCAAUACCACCUUUGUGAUGCUAAGUAAUAUUUUGUUGGCAGAGGCCAUGGUAAGAAAAUAACUAACCUACUUCUCAUAAUUGGUGUGGUUAAUAAUCUGAGUUUGGAAGUUGCAUGCUUCUAAAACAGAAAUCUAUUUUACUAAUACUCUGAUUUCUGCUACCAAACACAUAAGGCAUUAAGUAUUUUUAUAGGGAUGCUCUUCCUCUUCCCCCCUCCCACCCCACCUCCAGCAAUUCUUUUUAUGCCAGCUUUGUUCUAGUGUACCUGUUGUGGACUAAUACUCCAUUUCUUUCUGUAAAACCAGCUGUUAUGCCUUCCCAGGUCCUUCCUCAAGAGGUGGGAAUUGGUUGAGUAGCAAGUAGAAUGAUACAACUUAAACUGGAAAACUCAACUUUAAAAAACAACCAAAAACCCCCAAAACCCCUUAAAUGUAACUUUUGGCAAAUACUCUUUAUGGGCAGGUGUUGGCUGAGCCAAGUUUUGCGGUUCAAGUUAGCAGCAGUGCUUCUUCACAGGGGCAUAUGCCUUGUGUUCCGGGGAGGGGAAUGCCCCUUUUUUAAAAAAUAAGUAAUUUUCCCAAAACAAUUCAGCUAAGGAAAACAAAUAACAAUCCCCCAGCCAAAUAAGAAAAUUUCACCCUGUUGCCGUUGGUAUUAAGUACUUUUUUUCCUUUUGCUUGCUGCUUUGAUAUUCCAGACUGAUGGUAUAAAAGAGUCUACUAAUAAAGGCUGUAUAUGCAGUACCUUA